GCAAUCUCCAAUUUUUUCAAAACAAAAACAUUACUUUUUACACAUAAAAUAAAGUUUCAUGGAUUUGGAGGCAAAUAUGACAAAAAUAGACUACGAUCUACAUCGGUAUCCAUUCUGUCUGGUCUGGACACCUAUUCCACUAAUCACAUGGCUGUUACCAUUCGUUGGACACAUGGGAAUAGCUACAUCUCAAGGAAUUAUUCGAGAUUUUGCUGGUCCAUACUUUGUCAGCGAGGAUGAAAUGGGUUUUGCAUGGCCAACGCGCUACCUUCAGCUAGACAUCUCCAAAGUUGGAGGAGGUUCAACAACCUGGGACGAUGCAGUUCAAAAAGCAUCAACAGAAUACUCAAAAAGAAUGCACAACUUAUUUUGGGACAAUUGCCAUUCACAUUGUGGUAUGGCACUCAGUUUGAUGAGAUAUGGAGGCAGUACAUGGUGGAGUAUGGUUAGACUAGCUGCAUGGAUGUUUCUUUUUGGAAAAUAUGUUGGAUUUUCUGGAUUUGUAAAGACUUGGCUGCCGUUUGUGAUUAUUGUGACUAGUGGAAUUUUAAUUUGGAAGCUAGUGUAAAGUUUUAUAACUAUUGUCAAAAAAAUUGUAAUUUAUUUAAGUUAUAAAAUAAAAAUAAGGAAAU